AUGCAGCUCAGCAGCUCUAUCACCUUCAAUAACUACAUCCGUCCUAUCUGCCUGGCCAGUAGCUCCAGUCAGUUCCACAGCUCCACCCCCUGCUGGGCCACAGGCUGGGGGCGACUGGGGAAUGAUCAACCACUGGUUGCUUAUAACAUCCUUCAGGAGGUUCAGAUUCCUAUCGUUGGUCCCAAAAAGUGCAGCUGUGAUUACUCCAAAAUACUAGAGUCACUUAUCAAUAAAAAUAUGAUUUGUGCUGGACAGCAGAACAAAGGAAUCUGCAAUGGAGACUCUGGUGGACCUCUGCAGUGCAAACAAGGCUCAGUGUGGGUCCAGGCUGGCAUCACCAGCUUUGGAGUCCCCUGUGCUCUGGCUGGUUUUCCUGAGGUCUAUGCCCGAGUGUCUGCGUUCCAGUCCUGGAUCACAAAUGGAGUGUCUGGGGCCAAUGACUCACACAGCUUCAGCUUAACUACAUGCAGCGUUUUAUUGACCAGUUGUUUUGCUCUGUCAGACUGUGGAGUGGCACCUCUGAACACCAGGAUAGUAGGAGGUGUGAAUGCCUCAGCUGGUUCAUGGCCAUGGCAGGUCAGCAUCCGCUACAAUGGAGCUCACAUAUGUGGAGGGACCCUGAUCAGUGACCAGUGGGUCCUCACAGCAGCCCACUGCAUCAUAACGAGCACGCUGAGCGAUUGGACUCUCUACUUUGGAAUAGUGACUCAGAGUGGCCCAAAUCCAAACCAAGUCACUCGCAGCGUGUCUCAGACCUUAGUUAAUUCUAAUUAUAACAACCCCUUGUUCAACAAUGACAUCGCCCUCAUGAAGCUCAGCAGCUCUAUCACCUUCAAUAACUACAUCCGUCCUAUCUGCCUGGCCAGUAGCUCCAGUCAGUUCCACAGCUCCACCCACUGCUGGGCCACAGGCUGGGGGCGACUGGGGAGUGAUCAACCACUGGUUGCUUAUAACAUCCUUCAAGGGGUACAGAUUCCUAUUGUUGGUCCCAACCAGUGCCGCAGCGAUUACAGUCUAAUAAAAAAUGUUAACAUGACUGACCAGAUGAUUUGUGCUGGACAGCCAAAUAAAGGAACCUGCCAGGGAGACUCUGGUGGACCGCUGCAAUGCAAACAAGGCUCAGUGUGGGUCCAGGCUGGCAUCACCAGCUUUGGAGUCCCCUGUGCUCUGGCUGGUUUUCCUGAGGUCUAUGCCAGAGUGUGUCAGUUCCAGUCCUGGAUCGCAAAUCAAUUGUCUGGGACCAAUAUUGGCUUUGUGACAUUCACCUCUAGUGGCUCCAACCAGGACGACAGCUAUGUGUGUUCAAGCACAAACACAGUCACAGCAGCAACAACAACAACUAAUCAGAUGCAGACUUUAACCAAAAGCUCAGCCACUGAUCCCAAGGUGUCAUUUACUUUAAUUUUAGCAAUUUGUGUUUUCAUAGCACAAAACUAA